AAGAGAGGUCUUCGGUUAACGAAUCAGAACCUCCCAAAACUUUAAUCAAAUCGUUUCUAUCUUCUUUCUGAUUCUUCCGUUCCUUCGUUUCAAAGUUCCCUAAAUUGAAUAAUUUGAUUGAUUGCUCAGAAAUUCAUCUCUCUCCAUCAACAAACAAAAACAGCAGAUUUUCUGCAUCAAUUUUGGAGCCCAUAAUGCUACAUAGGAGCUUCAAACCCGCCAAAUGCAAGACAUCGUUAAAGCUUGCGUCGGCCCGAAUAAAGCUAUUGAAGAACAAGAAGGAAAUACAAUUGAAGCAGCUUAAGAAGGAAGUGGCUCAAUUGCUCGAGUCAGGACAGGACCGGACUGCACGAAUUCGGGUUGAACAUGUAGUCAGGGAAGAGAAAACAAUAGCAGCAUAUGAACUUAUUGAGAUAUAUUGUGAACUUAUUGUGGCACGCUUGACUAUCAUUGAGUCACAGAAGAACUGCCCCAUUGACCUGAAGGAGGCAAUUGCAAGUGUAAUUUUUGCGUCUCCAAGGUGUGCAGACAUUCCAGAACUUCUGGAUAUCUCCAAGAAUUUUACCGCAAAAUAUGGAAAAGAGUUCAAAUCUGCAGCGGUUGAGCUGCGUCCAAAUUGUGGUGUAAGCCGCAUGUUGAUAGAGAAGUUAUCUGCUACAGCACCUGAUGGGCAGACUAAACUUAGAAUCUUGAGCGCAAUUGCAGAGGAACAUAACAUCAAAUGGGAUCCUAAUUCAGUUGGUGAGGGAGAUUCAAAGCCUCCUGAUGAUUUGCUGAAUGGACCAAAUUCUCUCGAGAUGGCCAGUAAGUUGCAUGUGGAACCUCCUAAUGUCCAAGGUCCAAAAGACCAAGCUCUACCUAGUCAUGACCAAAAGCAUGAUCCACCUGUAAACUCGGAGCAGAACUUGAAAUCUUCGCCGACUGGCCAAAAUUUUGCGUCAGCAGAUCUUGGUGGCACUAAAACAACAUCCACAACUUCUCGCCCUGAAGUGAGACCUUCAGGAAUAGGAGCUGAGAGGAUGGAAGUCGAGCAAUCAUUUUCUAGAGAUAGGAAUGAAUUUUCAUUUGGUGUUCAAAAUUGGAAUAUGGAAUUUAAAGAUGCAACCUCUGCAGCACAGGCUGCUGCCGAAUCUGCAGAACGAGCAAGCAUGGCUGCUAGAGCUGCAGCAGAACUUUCUAGCCUUGGCAAGAUUUCAAGGCAGUAUUCCACAGAAUCACAGAAGUUAAAUGUUCAUGGUAUAAAAGACAAAGGGCCUGGAAAUUAUGAUGCUUUAAAGUUGCCAGGUGAACAUCUUGCUAACAACUCAGUGAAUAACUCCUUUAAUGACAGAAAUCCUGAGAUCCACAAUGAACAAAUAUAUGGGAUUGAGCAUGAUUACCUGGUGAGAAAUUCUGAGGGGUUUUACCAGGAUGGUCAUGAUGGUACUAAGAGGUCUAGUCAAUCAGCUUCUUCGAGGCCGCGCAGGACUUCAAUUGAUGAUGACGCACCGAAUAGACUAGAAAAGGUAGAUAGAUAUUCUCAAAGGGGCUCAUCAGAAGACGAGUCUGUAAAAGCGAAUGAGCAUGUCAUCAAAAUGAAAAUGAAGAAGCAGGAGUCUGAGGAAGAAUUUGUGAGUGACCUACAAGAUGGCUUGAAAUCCGAGAACUUCAAUUAUUUUGGAGAAGAAACGAUCACAAAACAAUCCAGCAACAUCUCCUCUCAUUAUCAUUCUAGCACUCUUGGUGAUGAUUAUGAUGAUACAAACUCUAACCACCAGAACUUGGGAAAUGAUGCUGUUCGCCCUUUUAUGGCAGUUGAUGAAGGAAACAUUACUAGGGACAGUAGAGAAACAAGCUCAUAUGAUAAUGCUGCUGUAUUUUUUGAUGAAUCUGGAUCAGAUGAUGAUGAAUAUAAGUUUGAUAUAGGGCCCAAGUAUGAUGAACAGGAUUCCAAGUAUUUCCUAUCACCAGGUAGAAAAUCACUUGCCCCUCUCUCACCAACUGCAGAUUCUUGGAGCUUCAGAGAAGACACGAGUGGAUCAUUGGAGAAGUCCACUUCACAUUUGCAUUCUUCCAAGGAAUGGCCCCCUUCUCCAAUUUUUUCAGAAAGCUUUACUGAAUCUGCAGAGCCUUCAAAACCAAAUAACUUGUCACCUGUAACUUUUGAUGAUUCAGAUAAUCCGAAUUCAGAAAGUGAAGAUGAGCUGGACAAGUCUAGGCGUAGUGGGACAAUGGAUUCAAGUAUAUGUCCCCGGAAACAGAAUGUUCACAGCAGUAACCAUGAGCCAACACAAAGAGCAAGACAUAGGGUAACAGGAUCUUCAUCUGUGAAGGAAGGAAAUUCAAGAUCUGACAGAAAUCCGCGGCUAGACUCCUCUUCUGAUGACUCAGAUUCUCUGGAAGUACUGCCAAAGAACAACCGAGAUACAGAAUUAAAUGCUGACUUCCAGAGAAGGUUGAGUUCAACUGAGCUUCCCGUCAAUCAGCAGUCUACCAGACUCGGAAAACCCCAAGUGGAGUCGAAUAAUUUGGGCAGUGAAUCAUCUUUCCAUGGUCUAGUGGAUGAAGGAAACUGUGAGCAGGCCCUGCAAUCUUCAAAGCUUCCAUCGGUCCAUGAAAUUAGGGACAAUGUUUGCACACCUGAUGAUACCUUGAAAGACGAUGAAUUUCUAAACCAAGCAAGUUCAGAAAGUGGAAAGGAGUUGAACUUUGGAACAUUGACAGGUGGCCUUCGAAAUAAGGGCUAUAGGCUUCCGCCCAUUCCUAAAAGUCCAUCUGGUGAUGCCUCAUCUUCAUCCACAAAGGUAGCCGAGGAUAGAUCUAGCACCAUUGAGCAUUCCGCUGGUUCCUCCCCAAUCAGGGGUUCUAUUAGUUCUGGAGUGAGCAAAAAGGUUAGUAACAAAACAAGCCCAAGAGCCCCUAUCAAACAUUACAAUUCAGAUUCUGACGAUUCCAAGGAUGAAUUUUCUGAUGAUUCCAAGGAUGAAUUCCUACAACAGACUCGAAGAAGUGAGAGACGUGAGAGAAGCGAGAGAGAACCGCACCGUCAGAAACAAGGGAAAGAAGUAAAUACAGGAUCAAUCUUAAGAGCUUCAGGUACAUAUUUUGAUUCUGAUUCCGAGGAGGAUCUCCAAAAACAGACAACUCUUCCCAGUAGAGGUCAUUCAGGAAGUGGAUUUUCUCGUCGGACAAAAGCUUCUCCAAGUUCCAGAACAAGUUCUUAUUCGAAGGUCAGAAUUGGAACUGAGGCAUCAGUUAAUGCUGAUUCUGGUGCAGAAAGGAAACCAUCCAGGAUUUUCUAUGGUACCGAAACCCAGCCUAGACAUGCGGGUGGUUUUGAGCAGUCAAGCUCUAUGAAUCUACCAGCAUCUAAGCAAAUGCCAGAACCUAGGAUCCCAUCACACGAAGAAAGUUCGGAAUCAUCUAGAGUGGAACAACCGUCCAGCGUUCCUCAAAAGACAAAAACAUCUGAUGGCAUUGAAUCUCCAAAGAUGUCAGCUUCAAGUGGGGAGACAGCAGAUGAAGAGAACACUGUCAAGAAAGCCAGUCAUGUUCAUCCUAAGCUUCCUGAUUAUGACCUAAUAGCUGCCAGAUUACAGUCUCUUCGAUCAAACCAACAAUGAACUUCGCAUGACUUUAUCAUUGUGGUAUGCCUUUAUAUACUGCAUUAUAAUAAUUGGGUUCUAGAUUUGAGUGGACAAAUUUGAUGGAUAAAAAAUUAUUGUAUCAUAAUAUGCUCUUCAUAUCGAGUCAAAAUACAGUCCUACUUUUUUUUUCUUUCGACCAUGUAAAUUUGGAAGUACAAUUGUUUGAGACAUACCUAUAACCAGUUUAUGUGAAUAGUACGGAUGUUGGAUUUGUAUCA